UAUAGAAAAUGUGUUGUGACUGUAGUUUAUUUUUAUUGAUAAGAAAUGUUUAAAAUUAUAGAGUAAAACUUUAUUCUAAGGUAUGUAAAUAUUUCUGAAGAAGAGUCCGAGAAAAGAGGAGAAUACAUAAAAACAGAGGAAUUGGACAUAUUAUCUCGUCGAAACGAGACAUAAUCGGCAAUACGGAAAUACGUAGAGGCGUGUGGUUUAUGAGGUUUCUGUGGUGAAUUGUGUGUAUAAGAAUGUGAUUUGUUUAUGAGAUCUGUAACCGGAAAGAAUAUGAGCUUUUAGUAACUAAGCUAACUUUUAAAUAUAUAUGUUUCUAUUCGGUUGUUCUCAUGUGUAAAUUUGAGCGAAUAGUUGAGCCUCGGUUGUGUUUACUUAGGACGAAAUCAAGGUGUUUGUAGCCUAAGGCAUUUAAAAACCAGCUUCUAAGUACGUGGCGGAGGGUUAGAGGAAUGAACCCACUAAGCCUAACGGAGGGACAGCAACCAUCCUGGCGACUGUGGGGAGAGGAAAAGACAGAGCAAGCAGUUUACAGUAUUUAUCUCAAGAAAGUUCGAUAUCAUCCAGGUUUAACAGAUGACACUAACCCAGAAACUGAUGAAACAAUCGCUCAUCUUGAAUGGGAAACAAUCCAGGUUCGUUUGAUUAAAGCAGGGACAUUGAAGAAACUAGUUGAAAGUUUAGCUACGGAAUCUGGUGAGCUUGAAUCAACUUAUGUAAAUAUUUUCCUAGCAACAUAUCGGUCAUUUGCUAAUACUCGACAAGUACUAACCUUACUUCUUGAAAGAUAUUGGCAGCUCACUAAAAAUGAGGUAACUAUGAAGGACGAUAUUCGUGAUUUGCAUUGCAGAACAAUCAUUCACGUUUUACACGUGUGGUUAGAUACAUAUCCGGAAGAUUUCAACGAACCUCCAGAGUUUUAUACCCUACAGCAGCUUCUUGAGUUUGGAAUGUCUGUUAAUCCCGAAGGAGCUCUUCAUUGCCAUUCCUUAGAAAAACUAAAGAAAUACAAAAAUCAGGAGGAACAGAAAGAUAAUGAACUUCUUAAUCAUUGGUGUAGCUUACUUGGCAAGCAACAUAUCGGCUGUGAAUCUGUGUUGCCAUAUAACUUUUUGGAGAUUCCUGAAGAUCAUUUUGCUUCUCAGUUGACCUGGAUGGAUGCGACACUUUUCAAGAAGUUGAUUUCCUACCAGUGCCUUGGGUCGGUGUGGUCACGCCGUGAUAGAGAUUCAGAGUGUGAAGUUAUUCCUUCUACCGUCAUGGCAACUGUGAAUCAGUUUAAUGCUGUUCUGUUGCGUGUAUUAACAACAGUCUUACGUGACCCAGACAUGAAGUUAGGGGAACGAGGGAAAAUUGUGUCAAAAUGGAUUGAAGUUGCACAGGAGUUGCGUUUUCUUAAAAAUUUUUCUUCCCUCAAAGCAAUUAUAUCAGCCCUUCAAAGCAAUGCUGUUCAUCGGUUAAAGAAAGUUUGGUUAUCUAUACCGAGAGAAAAGUUUGAAUUAUUUACAGAGUUAGCAAGAAUAUUCUCAGAAGAAAACAAUUAUAACACUUGUCGAAACCUUUUACAGAGAGAGGGUUCUGCCAAGUUUGUUUCUGCUGUUGGGCAAGAAGACCAUCAACUCCAGAAAGCUUUGCAGAAACAAAUGUUGUCCGGUAGUUGUGGACCCAUGCAGGGGACCAUCCCGUACCUUGGAACUUUUCUCACAGAUCUUACUAUGAUUGACAGUGCUAUUCCUGACACCACUGCUGAAGGCCUGAUCAACUUCGACAAACACCGUAAAGAGUUUGAGGUUUUAGCACAUAUCCGAUUAUUGCAAAGUGCUGCCAAUAACUAUAAUAUUGUGCCCGAUGUUCGCUUCUUUGCCUGGUUUGAUUCAGUGCCUGUGAUUAAUGAAAACAGUUCGUAUGAGUUAUCUUGCAUCAUUGAACCCCGUUACGCUCACAGUGGAUCUGAAAAAAAGUUCUUCUUGAAAAACACAAGAACUCGCAAUUCACCAUGUCAUAAGAAGACCCAUUCAACUUCAUCAACAUCAACUUCAUCAUCAAACAGUGUCUUCUAUGACCAGAGUGCCAGUGAUGUCAGCAUGGUAAGUUUGUGUUUAGCAGACAGCAAAGUGUGCUUGUCAUGUUCUAGCUUAUCAUUACCUUCUCUGACCCAGUCAAACUCUCCAGGGUCAUUAACAGAGUUAUCAACAGCUGGAUCACUGAGCCCGAAGUCCACAGAAUUUUACAUAAUCCGUGUGAGCCUGAGCCAGCCAGGUAAAACUGAGGAAGAAGGCAUCAAUGUGUACAAGAGUAUAAUGUUAAGCAACCAAGAUCACACGAAAGAAGUCAUACAGAAUGCCAUGAUCAAGCAUGGAAUAUCAGGCUCAUCAGAUGACUACAGUCUUGCUCAGCUUCUUCCGGAUGGUGAGAUUGUUUUUCCUCAUUCAGCAAACGUGUUCUACGCUGUGAAUACGCAGUACGACUUGAACUUUAUUCUCCGACCUAAGGUCAAUCCAGAAUUUUCUUCUAACACUUUAAAGAAAAAAUCUAAAAAGGGAAUGCAAAAAUUUCGUUCAUUUGUUGAUAGUGUUGCAAGCCAUGUAUAACUUAACAGCCUUUGUUUGUUUGUACUGAGAUUCAUGGAUAAAGUGACAUAGGGGCAUCUAGAUAUUAGAACCUUCAUAGUACGAAACCGAAGUAGGUACCAUCACACAGUCUAUGUAUAUUGUCAUUAUUUCUAGGAGCAAAUUUUUUGUUGCAAGAUUAUUUAAAGCUGUUAUCUUUAGUUUUAAAAAUAUGAGGUUUCUUUUGUUUACCCAGCUUUCUUUGGCACAAAAUAUAUUAAAAAAAUAAUGUCUGAAGUUUGUACUGAAGUAGGAGGAAUCGAGUGCUUUAGGUAUAAGUCAUAAUAAGCUCACUUUAAAGUUAAAUUCUGAUUUUGCUCAAGACAUUUAGAUUGAAACAUUACUCGUAUAUAAUUUAUCACUAUCAUGUUUAUAAGGUGUGUAUGUUAAUUUUCAAGGAAGUAUUGUAUGAAGUUUAUAUAAUUUUAAAUACCUCUUUGUUAGGGUAUACACAUUUUUUUUUUCCUUUGGUAAAAUAUAUUUUAUAUGAUUUAAUUUAUGAGAAAAUUUUACUUUAUAUCGAGAGUAACGUCCACAUUAAGCCAAGAGAUAAAGCUUUUAAAUCGGUAGAAUAAUUCCACCUUUUAAUUAUUUUUUUAAUUGGUAAUGUAAAUGUAUUUGUCAUUACAAGUACAAGAUAAUAUUUGCUAGGCCUUCAUCAGUAUUUUUUUGUACAAACUAUUUGUAAUAUUACAAGUAAUUAUUUGUUACCCGUGAGUUAGACAAAGGUUAUUCAGCAUGUGUUUUGUUCAGUUGCUGAUGGACUAAUUUCUGUUUGUGGUGAUGUAUCUUCAGUUUGUACCUAUGAACUCCAUUUAUUGCACUAACUACUUGCAUUAGCAUAACUUUUUCUAAAUAUAUACAUAUAUCAUAAAAUACACAUUCCUAUUUCUGCAUAAUAUUUGUUUAAUUACUUGAAAUUUGAGAUUUUAUAAAAAGCAGCAUGAACAAGUGAUAUUCAUUUUAGUACAUUUGUGGAAGAGAAAGCUAUUUAUUUCUUUAAUUAGUAAAUUCUGCAUUUUAUCCUCAAAAUCACAGUAUUGCUUCCAGCAUAUGAAUACCUCCAUGAAUUGCAUGAUUCAGAGGAAAUAAGCUUGUGAAAAGCUUAAUGUGUAUGAAAUUUCGUUUUUGCUAAGACCAUUAAUUUUAUUUUGUACUUGUAGAACAAGGCAUGACCACUUCAGUAAUUGUAAGAACUGUGUUAUAUGUAUCUUGUCAGGAUUUUUUAUUAUAUUUACUUGUACUUACCAGUAUAUUCUGGCAUUUGAUGUAGGAAAGUGACAUUUUACUUGUAAAAAUGUGAGUCUUGCUCAUGAUCUCAAGCUUUCUUUUAUAUAUGUUCAAAAACACAGCUGUCAGGUUAAGAUUUACAAAUUUAUAUAUGUGUAGUGAAACAUAAUUUUAAAACUAAAUGGAUCUGAGACUAAAAAAGGGGUGAUUAAGAUUGAUCAUUUGGUACACUUUCAAAUAAUUCUGUACUUUGACCCAAGCCACUUGUUUGUGCACUGUUUUGAUGGUAUUAAAGAUGUGUUUAAUUAAAAGGACAGGUGCAAGGCUUAGGAAACUAUUGUUCAUUUGAAGUAUUAUGGUAAUUAUCUUGAGAUACUUCUUGCAGUUUCAUGCAUUCUCUUAGACUUAGUCAUUAGACAUUUUAUAUAUAUAUAUAAACAUCAGGAAAUGAAGUAAGGGAGAUAAUAAAAAAUUUUCUUAAAUUGUUCAGUCACUUCAGUAGGUUUGUUCUUAAACUUAAGCCUGACACAAACUUUUCACAGAGCCUGCUCUAAAUCUGAUCACAAAAUAUGAGUGAAACUGUUUGAAAGACACCCUUAUAAGGUUUGUGUGACCUUAGUCCUUUUUUUUCAGAAGAUCAAUCAUAUUUCUGUCCAGGAAAGAUGACUGUAUUGACAUAUCAUCACUAUACUAAGCCAACUUUGUGCUCAGUAAUAUGGUUUAGUUUUAAUGGCUCUUGAAUUUUGAACAGUGGCCUCCCAUGUCUUUAAGUGUAACUACUAAGAUAUCUCAUUUAUUAAACAUAUUGAUGUAGAGCUUUUAACAGUUUUAAUAUCCUAGUUUAAAUCAGUAUAAUAAAUAAUAAUGUUGGUUAUAAAAGAUAGAAAUAUUCAAGUAACAUAUUGCAUGUAGUUUUCAACUUGUUUACAAGGUUAUAUAUUAAAUGUGGACUGAAGAAUUUUGAAUUGUUUUUAGUACUGAUUUAUAAAUAUUGUAUAUAAAAAUUUUAUCUGUGAUUGGCUUAUUUAUAUGUUUUUUUAUAAAUAUUUUACAUACUUUUUGAUUAAGUAACAGUAUUAGAAAUGUUCUUUGUUUGGGGGGGGGGGUAUUUAUGAUGAUUUCUUUUACAAACAUAGUUAAUGUGUGGUUUUAAACAGUUUUUAGUAUAGAAUUAAAUGGAGUAAAUUUCACACAGGUUUGUGAUUAAUUUGCUGUGUCUAAGUAAUUUUAACUUAGUUUUCAUCAAUAUUUACUUGAACGUGAUGCUAAUAUUUUUUUAAAUAUUGUUAUAUUUACAUGUGUGAUUAUUGACCAACCCUCACUUCAUUUUCCUAGGUUAAACCAGCUAAUAUUUUUUUGUUUUGUUAACAAUGUGAACAUAUAUGAAAUAUUGAAGAGUAUGGUUUCUUGUAGUGUUUAAUUUUAAAAGCUUUUUGGGGGUACUGUCCUUCAGAAAUUUUAUCAAUUUUGGGGGAUAAUGACCUUCUCCAGUUUUAUUAGUUUUGGGGUAUAAUGACCUUCUCCAAUUUUAUUAAUUUUGGGGGAUAAUGACCUUCUUCGCGCUAA